CCGCGCCGCCACCCACCUUCCCGAUCCCCGCCGGCAUGCCCUCGACCUCCGUCUUCCUCCCCUGAGCCCCCACGCCGGAGAAAUCGCCUCCUGUCGCCCCCUUGGCCUCGGCCUUCCCCACCGCCGGCGAUUCGUCGCCGGCGCUGCACCCCGGCUGCUCCCCUCGCCUUCCUCAACAACUCCGCGUCGGCGUCCCGAAGCUGCUUCCCCCGUCUUCCUUAAUUCGUUCGGCUUCGGCUUCGUGUGUUCCCCAUCCUAUGUCGGCCGUGUCGUCGCGGACUGGUCGCGCCCCGCCGGCGGCGCCGAUGGCGACGGCUGACCUGGAGGCCGCCAUCGCGGCGCUCCCCGUCAGGAAGCAGCGCCUGCGGGAGACCUUCGACCGCCUCGUCGCCUGCGCGCCGCCCCAUUACCAUCUCCCCUUCACCUGGGACGACAUCGACGCCCAUGUCUCCUCCCUCCACGCCUCCCUCGCCCUCCGCUUCCGCCAGAUGCAGCAGCAGCAGCAGCAGCCACACUCCGGCGUCCCCGUGUCCGCACCCGCGGCCCCCGACGACGAGCAGCCCCACCCCGGCGUCCCCGUGUCCCCCACCGCAACCCCCAUCGGCGAGCAGCCCGACCCUUGCGUCCUCGUGUCCGCAACCCACGGCGAGUCCAUCCAGGAGGACGAGGAGAUGGUUAGGGAGGAGGAAGACGCCUCUCCUGCUCAAGAGGAUGAUAGAGUGGAGGACGCAGGCAUGGGCUUUGCGGGGGCGCCAUGGCGCCAGGCCGGAGGAACUCGUGAUCAAGAGUUUCCUGUUCCGGUGCGGGCUCACUACGCCCGGCACGCCGGCAGCCCUAUACUUCGGCAGCCAUACACGGCGUCCCCGCCUGAUGUGCAUAGCCAGCUGAAUCUUCCCAUGCUCCAGCGACAACAACCAUUCAUGCCGUACCAGCAGCAGGAGUUUCCUGCCAUGGCGGUGGUGGCCAUGAAUAACUACAAUAUUCCUCCCAUGGUCCACCAGCCGUACUACAAUAUUCCUCCGGUGGUCCAGCAGCCGUACUACAAUAUUCCUCCCAUGGUGCAGCAGCCGUACUUCAGGCAAGAAUUCUCCCCUGAUUUCAGGCGAGAAUUCUCCCCUGAUUUCAGGCAAGAAUUCCUCCCUGAUGUGACGAGGCAGCCCCUGAUGGUGCAGCGGCCGUACUCGCCGUACUUCAGGCGAGAAUUCUCCCCUGAUUUCAGGCGAGAAUUCCUCCCUGAUGUGACGAGGCAGCCCCCGACGGGCAUUGACCAUGUGCUCCAGGAGCAGCAGUACAUGGCCAUGGCGCACCAUCAGCCAUACUUCCCACAGCAGCAGUACAUGGCGCGCCACCAGCCCCACUUCCCUGCUGCACAGGCUGCUAGUGCUCAUGGUCAGGGAUCAAACGCUGCUAAGCGUCGACCGCUGAACAGGAGUAUCGAUACGGACAACAUCAAUGUGCGUAUUAGCGAGCCAAGUAAGAAGAGCAGGACUAUCCGCGAGCACGAGCCAUAUCAAAAUAAGACCAUAUAUGAUUAUUUCUGAUGAUAGACACCAGGAGCAUUGGUAUGGUUCCCAGAGACCCCCUUUGAUUAAGAGAAGCCAAGUGAAGACCUUUACACCCUUUGAUUAAGAGAAGCCAAGUGAAGACCUUUGCAGCCGGAUGCGCAAACUAGUCCAAAGGCGCCACCCGCGUGGGCAACAUUUGCAAGGCCUUAUUACUGAGAAAGGAAUCACAAAGACAUGACACAACCUACAUAAUGCUGUUGUCUUGUGACGGUAGGCAGCGGCGAUGGAUCACUAUGGAGCAAUGCAAGCACCGACGGAGGAGUGAUGCCGGUGACAUGCUCUUUUGCUUGUGAGCCAUGGAGGCACGCCGUGUGGGGAAGAUGCCGGGGUAUGUUUUUCGCGGUGUCACAGGGAUGGUUGGGUGAGAGGGAUGACCCAGUCGCAUCUCAUUCUAGCAUACACAUGCUGCGAAUUGAUGACUUUGUAGGCUGCCGGUCAAUGUCUCACAUCGCUCGAUUGACGCCUAGCAUCGGUCAAACAUGAAUCACAUGCCUAGCCUUGAGAAUAAUGCUAUCCUCUCCAUAAGCAUUAUCAUUAUAUGUUGACAUAUUUUUUUAGUUCAACACAACUAAAUGGUGUCAUUUUGUGACCAUUUUCCUUUUGACAUGUUUUUCAUCAU